GGGGUCAUCGGUGGUGCGAGUAGAUACUGAGGACGGAGGAGCACCUGUACCAGCCCACACGCCCGCCGCGUUACCGCUGUCACUCGUGGGCGCGCACACUGGACGCAGCGACCCAGCCAGUGUGUGCUCGCUGCGACCUCCGUGCGCAUCUCCGUGACAUUGUGUCGUUUAGUGAUUAGUGAUUAGAAGAAAAAAAAGUUGAUGAUAGGAAUACAGAAGAAUGAGUGAGCAAUGUUUGUAGUUCAGUACAAGAUAAACUGGUAGCUGAAUAAAUAUGAAGUGAUGCAGUUUAGUGCAGCUACAACAGAAGUGGACUGAUGUAAACUAGGUUUUAUUGUCACUUUGUACAUCCUCAUCUGUCAUUUGGUAACCUGAAUGAAAGCAAUGAAUAGACAAUGCAGUUCAGUUAGUGUGUUUAGAUGAAACACGCGCACUUGAGUGCUUCUUGCGGGUGUUCAGUGGGCGUGGGAAGAGCUUCAGGAUGUCCGGCGGGCGGCGGCUGGACUGGCGCGGGUCGUCCGGGUCCUUGUGGGGCCGCGGGCGUGACCACGGGAGCGGGACGGACAAUUUGGACCUCCUGAACGGCGCCCGUCACAUAGUGCCCCCCUCAGGCGAUGGGCGGAGCGCCACCCACGGCCGCCCGCGCCGCAAAGGGCUGCGCAAGCGCUUCCUGUCCCUGACGGAGGGCCUCACCAACUUCCUCUCCGGCGACAAGAAGGAGAAGGAGCCGGUCAAGCGCUCCGCCUUCCGCCCCUUCGACCAUUCCACCGACCUGGACGUCGACCUCGUGAGCGGCUACUGCUCCGACUACAGCUCCGACUGCCGGACGGAGUACCGGCGUAAAAAUAGCAACUCCAGCGUGUCUUCCUUCAAGCGCAGCGUGUCGCCGUGGUCGGGCCCCGUGAACGGCCGCAAAGGUGGCCAGCUCGUAAGCGGCGCGGCCACUCAGGGCGGCCCCCUGGCCAGCGCCAAGCCCCAGGGCCCCAUGAAGGCACCGCCCAGCCCGCCGCCCCGCCGCUACUCGCUCUGGGCCAUGGACGUCCAAUACGACCACUACUUCUUCCCGGACCCGCUACGACCCAACGCCCCCGUCAGCUACGUCCCGCCCCCACCUCCGCCCGUCAAGCCGCCCCCGCCGCCCCCACCCAUCCGCUACUUCAACCUGGCCCCGCCCGUAUCUUCCUCCAUGAGUCGCCAAACAUCCCCGCGCCCCUACCAGCCCCCGUCCCCCUCCGUGGCGAGGCUCCUGUCAGCCAAGCGGGCGUGCUCUCCGCCCUCGCCCCGCUCUCACAGUCCCUUCAGGGGCGGCACACCCCCUACGCCCAGGGUCACCACGCCCUUAGGUUCCCCGGUAUUGCGAGGGCGCAGUAAAUCUGACAGUCGAACCGAGUCGUCGCGGGCGGGGUCGGAGAGCCGCGGACACGACUCGAGGGCGGCCUGGUACCGCAGGAAAUCCCAAGCAAGAAAACGAGCGCAAUCAUCGGUGCAAGGGAGCGGGUGCGUGGUGGGGCGAACGGUGGACGUAGUGUUAGAGAAGGAGGAAGGAAGCUUCGGGUUCACGGUUCGAGGCGGUUCGUCCCACGAUGCCACGAAGACCCGCCCGCUCGUCAUCACCCACGUCAGGCCAGGGGGACCCGCUGACAGGGAGGGCACGAUCAAAGCCGGAGACCGCCUGGUGACGGUGGACGGCCGAGACCUCACGCGCUGUUCCCUCACCGAAGCCCAGGAAACACUCCGCCGGAUCGAGCGCUCUGCCACGCUCACCGUCGAGUAUGACGUGUCGGUGAUGGAGAACGUGCGAGCGUCGGGAGGGCCGUUGCUCGUGGAGAUCGAACGUGCCCCGGGUACGUCCCUGGGCAUCACCCUCACGCACGCACACCCGGACCCCAACGCCAUCAUCAUAGAGACAAUUCGGACGGCCAGCAUCGCCGAGAGAUGCGGUGCUCUCUGCGUGAACGACAUAGUGGCGGCCAUCGAUGGAACAAGACUAGAUCAACUUACUGUUGCUGAAGCUGCGCAGUUACUGAAGACAGCAUCGGGUUCGCACAUUACUCUCGAGAUCAUCCCGACCCCGGCCUCUCAGCCGAGGAUGACCUUCAGGAGAGGCGGGGGCGUGGCAUUCCCACACCUCUACGGCAUCGCAGGAAGCAGUAGCGGCUACAUGAGCGGCGGCGGCAGCGGGGGUUACAUGUCCGGGGGGUCGAGCUACAAUACGUUGGCUUCGCAGCGACCUAGGUCAGCGGCUGCACGGAGGGUCAACCGCCGCACCAGACCCAAUGACCGCACGGAAACAGGAUCCGUCUCGUCCCACACUACCGGAGGCAGCGUGGGUGGAGUUGGAGUGUGUCAUCAGGAGUGUCUGACCGUCACCCUCGUAGUUGAAGGACGAGGCUACGGGAUAGUGUUCCGGCCUCCACCUCACCCUUCAGACCCGGACACUUCUCUGCCCGUCAUCGCAGCCAUAGAUCCUGGUGGCCCGGCAGACAAAUGCAGUGUGAUAUGUGUAGGUGACCGCCUGAUGGGCGUGAAUGGACGUAGCGUAGCUGGUCUCGGAGUCAGCGAAGUGACGCAGAUGGUUGCCAAUUCUCGUCCAACUGUUACACUUGAUGUUGAGUUUGAUGUUGCUGAUUCAGUUGUUCCUUCCUCUGGAACAUUUGCAGUGAAGUUAGCAAAGAGGCAAAUGGCCUUGGGAAUUACACUAACUGGACGGCGAGGGGGAUCUGGUGAACCCCUCUUGAUCAGCGAAGUCGUGCGUGGCUCCCCUGCCCACCGGUCCGGCACUAUGCAACCUGGUGACCGUCUCCUUGCCAUUGACUCUACACGAUUAGAGCACCUCACCUUGGAGGAUGCUAGGGCCAUCCUUCAGUGCUGUGAUGAUAUUGUGACUCUGCGAGUUCAGAAAGAUGAACUAUAUUCAGAGGAGAGCGGUAGUCUGGUGGUAUACACAGUAGAGCUGGUCAGACACGGGGGCGCCCUUGGGAUAACCAUCUCGGGAAGCGAAGAACCGUUUGACCCCAUUUACAUUGCGGGUCUUGCUCCAGGUGGGUUAGCUGACCGCACUGGUGCCAUCCAUGUAGGUGAUCGCCUUCUUGCAAUUAAUGGUGCCUCUCUACGGGGGAAGCCUCUCAGUGAAGCAAUAUUGAUGCUCCAGAAUUCUGGUGAUACAGUCACAUUGAAGAUUUCACGGCCUAGGGAUUCAGGUGUUCCAAGUGAAGAGCUGACACGAGAAGACUGGAUGGGACGUUUUGGUCCUGCAAUUCCCUCUGUGGACUCGGCAGUAGAGUCCUGGGACAGUUCUGGCAUGGACCCUCCUCCUCCUGGCUCUACUCCAGCAUUAUCUAAAAGGGAUUCUGGAUCUGAUAUUGUCUUUAGAUCAGAUUGUGGCAGUACUGUCAGACGAAGAGCUGGAGUCGAUGGCCGUGAAGAAGUUGGCAUUAGCAACGCAGGUGAUGCAGAUGGUGUGGAGGGAUCAACAAGAACAGAGGAAGAAGUCAGAGAUGCUUGGCGGUCUCCUUCUCCCCCGCCCUCAAUUGACAGUGGGCAGUCAGAAGAUAAAACGGAUUGGGACAAGAUGAUUGCUGACCUCAACCAGAUAAGUGAGAGUUGCGGUCUUCGAGAUCAUCGUCAGUCUCCUACGAUACUUCUACCCCAUGGACAUACAGGUACAGUAAUCCAGCGCAAAAAAGAUGUACGGGCUGGCAGUGAAGCUCCCAUGCCUGAUGUAGGGUCAGCACCAGAACCAUCUCGAACCCAAACUCUGUCAACUCGCAGACGUCCAGCCUGUCCAGUGACGAGUGCAAGUAGUAAUGGGAGUGAACCAAAAGAAGAAGGAAGCUAUUCCAUUAGCAAUGCUGCUUUAACAUAUACAGCAACGUAUUCAAGAACAGCUUCACCACCACCAGGUGGUGGGCAUGUUUACCAAGUGAACCUUAUGAAAGACCGUGUAUAUGAAGACUUUGGAUUUAGUGUGUCUGAUGGUCUAUACGAAAAGGGUGUGUAUAUUAACAGGAUCCGAAAAGGAGGUCCAGCUGAUAGAUCUGGGAUGCUACAGCCCUAUGACAGAAUCUUACAAGUGAAUGACACACGAACCCAUGACUUCGACUGCUGCCUAACAGUUCCCUUGAUGGCUGCUGCAGGAGACCGUCUGGUGCUUGUUGUGUCACGAAACCCGCAUGCCAACCCCACACUUGACUUCUCCUCAGAUAUUCUUUCCCCAACGUGGCAUGAUAUUGAUGAAGGAGAGGAAGAUGAAGCUCUGGGAGAAAAAGACGACCUUGGGGAUCGAGAGUUAGAGUCAUAUUCUUCACCCACACCAUCCUUCACUCCCAUACCAACGAUCCUAAAGACUCUGUGAGCUGUUAGUCUUAUGCCCCCAAAAGUGAAUGGUGUACCCCACUCCAUUUUUUGCUGUAUUUAUUUCAUUGAUCCUUUUUGUUUUUUGAAAGUGACUGUGAAUGCAUUGUAAACAUAUGUUUUAUAUGAGAGAGAUAUUACUUUAUUUGGGUAUUUGUUAAGAGAAAGGCAUUUUCUGUGUCUUCAUCUUUAGAUUGUAGUCUUAGGUUUGUAGAUUUUUUGUUUCAUUUGUGUCUACAUGCCUUCUACAUGAGGUAACUUUUCCUAUCAACUCUGCGGUACAUCUGUGGAUGCCUGGUUGACAGACAUCUGGCUUUGUUCACCCUUUCUACUCCCCACAAACCACUUACACUCUUCCCCUGACAUGGGAAACACUUCAAUUUAGCAUGCUUUAGUUCACAAAUCAUCAGAAUGUCAACAGUUGUUCCCUGGUGUGCCUUGGUGUGUCAACCGCACACCCACAGACAUACCCAGGAAGGGAUAAGUUGCAGCAAAUUAAGCAUUUUAGAAAUAAGCAUCACAAUAAAAGAUAUUUACAUUUUGAAAGAGACAGUGCCUUGUUAUAAUGUACAUUUAUAGAUUUCUAUUAUCUAGAAUAAAAUAAAGGAUGUGUA